AUGGAGGAAAGAGGUAUGAUUCUGGAAAAGCAAGAGACAGAGUUGGAAAAGCUGCGGGCGUCCUGUCAGGAGGUGGAAGCCAGACAGAAAGCGCUACAAGAAGAGUUGCAGAAGGAAGAGUUGAAGUUGCAGAAGGAGAGACAGGAGGCGUUGCGCAUGCAGGAGGUUGUUUUGCGGUCGAAGCAAGAAGCGGAAACCGACUUUGCCCUUAAGGAAGCCAAGCUUGCUGAGAGAGAGGCAUGUCUCACAGAGAAAGAGAGACGGGUCAGAGAGCAUGAAAUUGAAGCAGGUGUCAAAGAAGAAGAGAGAAUGCUCGAAGACUCCAAACGUAAGGAAGACUUGCGGGCUUUGGAGCUGAAUCUGAGGAAGGAGCAAAAGGAGCAGAUCCGUCAGAAAGCGGAUCUAGUUGAAAACACUCGAAAGCAAAAAGAGAAGUUCGAAACAGAGAGAAGAUGGUUGGAAGAGGAAAGAGCCGCUUUGUUGACGCUUAGUGAGCAGACUUCAAAAGCAAGAGCGAUUGUUGCUAAGCGUGCUGAGGAACUAGAGGAGCGUGAAAGAGAAGCAGCCUCUGAGAAGGAGAAGGUAGCCGCCGACAGGAGGAGCUUCGAGGACAACAAACUAGAAUGGGAGAGGAAGCAAGUAGAAGAGAAAGAGCGGCUAGGAAGAGAGAUCCAAGCAGCGAAAGAAGCCUGCGAGGCUGCGUUGAAAGCUGAGAAGAAGGCUGCAGAAGCGGAACUAGUGAGAGCGAGAGAAUCUGCUGCGCAGGAGUUGGCCAAAGAAAAGAGCAGAUUGGACACGAGGCGAGCUGAGGAGGAAAGCAGGAUACAUGCGCUGGAGAACGAACUGAAGGAAAGAGAGGUGUCCGUCUCCAUUAGGGAGCGAGCGAACGAUGCUGAAGAGAAGAGAGUGGACGAAGAGAAACACACGCUUGUUACGGUGAGGGCUGAUCUCGAACGAGAACGGAAUGAGCUUUUCAAGGUCAAGGAUGAGAGCGAGACUUCGGCGGGCGCACUGGAGGAGGAGUGGAGGCGAUGCAUCGUAUGGGCGGUGCACGUCGAAGCGGAGAGCAAGAAGCUUGAGGAGGAGAGCGCGCGCGCUCGCGAGCGUGCCAAAGAGCUGGACCAAAGGUCGGAGAGCUUGGAUCGGAGGGAAGCGGACGCCAGAAGGCGCAUCGAGAAGCUGGAAAAGCAGGAAGAAGACGUCUCAGUACGGGUCCGGGCGUUUGAACAGCGAGAGACAGAAUGGGAAGAGGGAAUGAAGGAGCGAGAAACGACUUCAGGGAAGCUACGCUCGGACUUCGAAGCCGCAUCAACCGCGCACGCGGCCGCGCAGGCGGCCUUCGAGCGCGACAGGGCGGCCGCGGAGGACGCGCUCAGAGGCGCCGAGCAGUCCAUGGACGCGAGGGAGCGGAAUCUGGCCAGGCGGGAAGCGGAAUUGCAAGACCGGAGCGGAAAGGUGGCAGCAGGGGGGUACAGCUUGGAGGAACGGAGAAGGAAGCUGGAAAGUGACGAGAAAGCUAUGAGGGACUCUGAAGCGAAGUUGAGGGAGAGAGAAUCAGAGUUGGGGAAACUGAAGCAGGGUCUCGAGAAAGAGAAAGACGAGUUGUGCGUGCAGAAAGGAAAUACUGAGAGGGCUUUGGCGGAAGGAGAAGCUGAGCUUGAGAAGAAGGCGCGGGCGCUGGUGGACGAGCGCAUGCGCGCGCGCGAGCGCGCCGGUCGGGAGGACUGCCAGUGCGCGCGCGCAUCGGAGCACCGCGCGAAAGAAGAGAGUUUGGAGGUGAGAGAUCGCGAACUGCGCGAGGAAAGGGAUCGGAUGGAAAAGAAGAUGAGAGGCUUGGAGGUUGAGGUUGAAGAUGCGAAGGAAAGAUUGGAGCGGAAAGAGCGCGAUGCCGAGCGAAAAGCGCGUGAGGCGGAACGGAACGAGCGAGAGGUCGAGCGGAAAGAGCGCGACGUAGCGCGGAGGGAGCGGAGCGCGGGCGCCGCGGCCGCGAGGUGGGCGGCCAAGCGCGACGCGCUUCAAAAAUUAGAGCAAACAGCCGAGGAGAAGGAGACGAAAAUUCGUCGACUCCAGGCGGAACUCCAGCGGAUCCUCCGGCAGCGGAAAGAGGCAGCACGCAGCGUCGCGACUCAGACCGUCGACGAACGGGCAGUCAACCGAGGAGCAGUGGAACCUCUUUCCGCCGUUAAUACUUCCGUUGCUUCCGCUGGGAUCGCUGCACAGACCGGACCGGCGAGGGGCUUCCGCUCAACGGAAAGCAGAAGAGCAACGGAAUCAGCGGUUGUGAUCGACGACGAAGAGACUCCGGUCGGCAUCCUGCCGAGCAACGGAAGAACGCCGGUUGUGUUGCCAGAUUUAAGCCCAGUCGAAGUGAGCGGAACGCGGCGGAACGGUGUUUUGCAGCCGAGCGGAACGGGUGGGGCGACGCGGCCGCGCGGCAACCCCGUUUCUGAGUCGCCCUCUUUCCUGGACCUUGGGGCGCCUGCCUUGGAUGCCGUCCGGGUGAACCUGUUCCCCUCUGACCGAGCGGAAAGGAGGGAGCGGAACCGGCGAGCCGAAUCGAGGCCGGAAAGGUUGGACGCCCAGCCAAAGGGACGACGUCAGAGCGAAGAGAAGAGCACAGCCGGGCAGACUUGUGCAGAGAAACCACGGUUUUAUUCCGCGACAAGGUAUCUGAGCGAUGCUACGGAAAAGGGUUUGAACGGAUUAGAACCGGAACGGAAUGGAAUAUUCGAUAGGGAAGGGUUUGGAAAGUGUGAAAGUGAGACGCCUCAGAUGCCUCGAGCGCUCUUGGACAGGGCGGCGACCUUGGAGCAGGCGGCGAGGCAAGAGGUGUCGCCAAGAGAUAGUUUCAGGAACCUGCAUCCCGAGAAAGACUGCGGCGGAAGGCCUGAACCUAAUGGAGCGGAAAGAAAGAAAGCAUCCGCUCCUCGAGCCGAAACGGACCGGCCGGAAAGAGCGGCGGCGGAGCGCCCGAGGAGCGGCAUCUGCGGCGAAGCAAGGGGCUCAAAGUUUGAACCUCAAAAGCCGGGCGAGAACUACGUGCAACCCGAGGGAAGGUGCAAGCCUCACGCCCUGUGUUUAACGCCCCCCGACUACCAAUUCAAACCCCCGGGAACGACAUCUCGCUACGAAAACGGCCGACGUUCCGGCCUGCGAAGUCCGGCGGACUGUUUACGGGAGCCCGGAAUGAUGCGAGUUGAGGGGAGGCGUCAAACGAUAAGAGACGGUUGGUCGGAGGGGGAGACGGGGGAGCCAGAAGAGGACCGUUUCUACACUCCCGACGCCCGGGACAUUUCUCCGGGGGGAGACGACAGUACUGAUGUUUCCAGUAGGGGGGCAGGGGAUGGGGGAGAAGAUGGGGACGGCUUUUUCACACCGUGCAACGGCCGGCAAAGUUGGGGGUGGGACCCCGCACGAGACCCCCUUCCAAGCAGCAAGGAGGGGCUCUUGGAGCUGAGGGAUGCGCUACAGCUGAGAGUGCAGGAACUCGUAUUGAGCCGUCUAGACCAAACCGGAAGUGGGUCUGUUGAAAGGAGCUUGGACACAGCUUCUACUGCGAGCAAAACGGCGCUUGCGCACGUUCAAAGCAAGAUAGCAAAUCUGUAG